AUGGUUAUGAGAGCUGUUCAGAUCGGCCUGCGGGUGUGGGAGUUUGUCUUCACCCUGCUCAUCAUGGCCCUCGUCGGUAACAUGAUCGACGAGUCCUUCGCAGGCAACCCGGCCGUCGUUAACUACACCAUGUUCGCUGCAGCAUUCUCCAUGUUCACGUUGUUCUACCUGUUCCCCUCGUCGAUGAACAUCGACUGGGCAGGCCACCCCAUUAUCGUGAUCAUCGUGGAUCUGCUUAACAUGCUCAUCUUCCUGACCGCUGGUAUUGCGCUCGCUGCCAAGCUCGAAGCCCACGACUGCAGCAACCUGGACUACACCCUCAACAACUCCGUCACCAACGGCUCCGUCGACCCCGAGAAGCGCUGCCGUGAGGCCCAGGCUAGCACAGCCUUCCUCUGGUUCACCUGGGCCGGCUACACCGCCUCGUUGGUCUUCUCCUUCCUGUCCGCCCGCAGAACCGGUGCCGAUCUCCGUUCUCGCGUUGGUCCUGCCCGUGGAGCCCGCCCCAGCAUGGCCCAGGUGUAA